GAGUCUGUUGUUUACAAUUCCUUUACUGAGUAACGCCGUGUUCAGUAUGGUUCCUGUGUGUGUGUUGGUGUGAAACUUCUGGUAAUAAAGAGGAGCGAGAGGAAAAAAAGAGGACACAGCUGUGGACAUUCGUGAGUCACAACCAGGAAAUAACGAAGCGUUAAUCCGCCGACACUUUCUAAUCUACAAACGAGGCGUUCAGUGAACUGACUGGUCAAAAUGAACGGAAGCCAAGAACUGGAGAUGUCCACAGUUCUGGAGUGUCAAAGUAAAAUUCCUGUGGAUCUCUUCUUGCAUGUCUCUCUAAUCCCAGCAGUGCUAAUUGUAAGCGUGCUGUCGUUUCUACAAAUAAGAGAACAGCCGCUGGCCAUAGACCACCAUCUGCCCUUCCUACGGGGACGUUUUGCGAUCGUGGUGCCUAUGGACAUGAUAUCCAGCCUCAGUAACCGUUGGUCCUAUGGAUUUGCCUUUGGUGCUGUGUCCAGCAACGUCCUCCUGCUCUUUUCUGAACGUUACGUCCCUUUUACUGUCCCACCCUGGGCUCGAGCUAUAGUUUACCUGAUUGGAGCUUUGGAAAUUGGCCUGGUUUACUUCCCAUUCUUUGCCUGUUUGUCCACUCCUUUUCGUGGACCGGGUGCUGUGCUGGGGAUCGUCUACUCUUUGGCCUGGAUCAUUGUGAUAGUGUGGGACACAUUCACCUGUCCUCAUGGAGAGAUAUUUGGCCGAUAUGAGAAGAUAAUUGUCCAGUGGCCCUGCCUCUUCUCCCUCAUCUUCCUCUUGGGUCGAUUUGUCUACAUUUUAGUUAAGGACAUAAGAAUACGCCUGUGGAAGGAACAAGAGGAGCUUGAAGACCUGAACAAGCACCCCAACAUGCAGCAUGUCAAGAGACUGCUGAGGAAAACACCAGUGGACAGUCAGCAGCUCAGCUGGUUCCAGAGGCGAGUGUAUUUGUGGGAUCCUUACUUCAAGUUCCCCAACAGGAUCAUCGGCACUGCUAUUUUAUCCAUCAUUGGCCUAUAUAUAAUGACUCUAGCAGACUACAUUCUCUCAACAGCAAUUUUUGACCAAGCGGAGAUGUGGAAGAACCAGCUCGAGCAUCUGGUUAUGUGUAAUGAAACUCGAGCACUGGAGGCCCUGAUACCAAAACUGGAGGAAUUUAUUGAUGUUGCUAGAAAAUGCUGGCUGGCCACCACAAUUUUUGCCAGUCUUAAUUCUGUUGCCUACACUUUCCACAUCUUAGCAUGUUACAGGAAACACCUAAGAAGACUGUGGAAAGGACAAAAGCGUUUUAUUCCUGAGAAGUUUCACAAACCAAGAGCUGCAACUAGCGUCGCGUCCAUUGCUAGAUAUUCUGGUUGGCAAAUAGCAUUUACACUUUGGGGAUAUCUGAUUGUCCACUUUGUCCACUUCCUGUUUGCCCUUCUCUUUGUCUACGUGCUUGUGCUUCCCAUACAGCACGACAAAGUACUGCAGAUGCUCUCAAGCCUGGGACUCAUUCUGCUGACCAUUGGUCUGGUCGUCGGUCUAGUGAUUGUCCAAAUAGUUCUGGUCCAGAUCUUCUUUCUUCAAGACAAAAUGUCUCCCACAGAUAAAGAAAAACCCCUAGCUCUCAACAACAGGAAGGCAUUCCACUGUUUCAACUACUUCUUCUUUUUCUACAACGUGGUGAUGGGCUUCAGUAACUGUAUCAUGAGGCUGCUGUGCAGUCUCAUUGUGGGAACAUGGCUGGUUUCCAGGAUAGAUCGUACCAUCAUGCAGAGAGGAUAUGAAGGCAUGGAUGCUGGCUACAGUACUUGGAUUGGGAUGAUUUUUGCAGACCACUAUCAUAACAAUCCAGUUAUGGUGUGUUUCUGCCACCUGCUGGUGACCAACAAGCUGGAGAGACUCACAGUGUCUGCUUACUCUACAUUUGACAACAUGCCCUCAGAAUGCCCUGUUUAUAGCAAGACGAGGAGGCGCUGGAUGUUGUUUUAUACUUUGCUGAAAAACCCCCAUCUGAUACCAUUCAGAAAGCACCAUCUCUCCUCUUCUUCUUUGUUACAAAUGUCCUCAUCUCCUCAGUCAGAUAUGGUGGUUCGGGCCUGGUUCAUGGCCUCACAGACACAAAGGGGUCAAGCAAUGUCACAGAUGUCACCUGAGGACACAGUCACGCCAGAAGAAAACAGUUGAAAACAGAUUGAAAAACCCGCAUCUUAGUGCCUUCAGAUGACUAGUAACAGUCAUUGUGAAUAAUAAAGUUAUAAGUGGAAUCACACACCAAUUGCAAGAACCUAACAGAUUUAUUAUUGAACACUUGUUUUAAAUUUCUUGUCAGCUCUCACAGUAUAGUCAUUUGCCACAAAGGACAUGUUGUAUUUGAAAUGGUUUACCUUUUGUAAAUAGAUGUGAAUUUAAUGUGUAAAUAUGAUUGUACUUUUUAUGUGUUUUUGUGCAACUGAUCAAACGUUGGCUAUGGUAAUAUUUUGUUAAAAUAAUUAAAACUCAAAAGAUU